AGCCUCGAUCCUGAAAAUCUUUUACUCAUCCAGCAUCCCUCCCCUUCCAUAAUACCUUCUGCUUUUCAGAUCUCUGACGGUGAGUGGAGAGUUAAAAUACAGAAAACACGUAAGCAGCAGCAGCAAUCGCUUUCGGUUGGGGGAGGUUGCCUUGCCUGUACGUGCAAACAGCUACACCGGCCGCUUUCAACACCAGGCGUCCUGUUAAAUCGCAUCCUUGUAGCAUUUCUGCAGCUGAAUUGAGCUACUUGGGUUUGGCUUUCAAUAGCAGGAUUUGUUUUUGCUUUUGCGUUACAGUAAUUGAAACACUGUCAUUGGACUUUCAUGGGCUGUUGCAUCGCUACUUCUAUUGUCUGCCUAUAUCUCUGUUAAUAACACCAGUUCCAUCUGUUUCUGUGCGAUUUUUCGUUUCACUUGGGCUCCCCAGCUACUACAGUAAAGCAAAAUGUUGGAUCCAUCGUCCAGCGAAGAGGAAUCUGAGGAUGUCGUGGAAGAAGAAAGCAAAGAGGUGAUGGCACCUCAGGCCGGAGCUCGCCUUUCCCCGAGCCGGACCAGCGAGAGCUCCGGCGGGCUGCAGCCCAGCAGCCGGAGCAGCAGUGUCCGGCCGUCCAGCCCCAGUCCGUCAGUGGUCAGCGAGAAAGAGAAGGAAGAGAUGGAGAAAUUGCAGAAAGAGGAGGAGGAACGAAAGAAGAAGCUGCAGCUGUACGUCUUUGUGAUGAGAUGCAUUGCCUAUCCUUUCAAUGCAAAACAGCCAACAGACAUGGCGAGGAGGCAGCAAAAGAUAAGCAAGCAACAACUUCAGACAGUGAAAGAUCGAUUUCAGGCCUUCCUCAACGGUGAGACUCAGAUUGUGGCUGAUGAGGCUUUUAUUAAUGCUGUCCAAAGCUAUUAUGAGGUGUUUAUCAAGAGUGAUCGUGUUUCUCGGAUGGUGCAAAGUGGGGGAUGCUCCGCCAACGAUUCCAGGGAAGUGUUCAAGAAACACAUUGAGAAGAGGGUCCGCAGCCUGCCAGAGAUCGACGGCCUCAGCAAGGAGACUGUCCUGAGCUCCUGGAUGGCCAAGUUUGAUGCAAUUUAUCGCGGGGAGGAGGACCCUCGCAAACAGCAAGCCAGAAUGACAGCCAGCGCUGCCUCCGAGCUGAUCCUGAGCAAAGAGCAGCUGUACGAGAUGUUCCAGCAGAUCCUGGGAAUCAAGAAGUUUGAGCAUCAACUGCUGUACAACGCGUGUCAGCUGGAUAAUCCAGAUGAACAGGCGGCACAGAUUAGACGAGAACUGGAUGGACGUCUUCAAAUGGCAGACCAGAUUGCAAGAGAGCGCAAGUUUCUAAAGUUUGUUUCAAAAGAAAUGGAGAGCAUGUUCAUCGAGGAGCUGAAGUCAUCUGUGAAUUUGCUGAUGGCCAACCUGGAAAGCAUGCCGGUGUCCAAAGGAGGCUCUGAGUUCAAACUACAGAAGCUGAAACGCGGUCACAACACCUCCAUCAUCGACAUGGGGGAGGAGAACGAAAACCAGCUCUCCAAAUCAGAUGUUGUGCUGUCUUUCACGCUGGAGGUUGUGAUCAUGGAGGUUCAGGGUUUGAAAUCGUUGGCUCCAAACCGCAUUGUUUACUGUACAAUGGAGGUGGAAGGAGGGGAGAAACUACAGACUGAUCAGGCAGAGGCUUCCAAGCCAACCUGGGGAACUCAAGGUGACUUUACCAGCACACACCCGCUGCCCGCUGUGAAGGUGAAGCUGUUCACAGAGAGCACUGGAGUACUCGCUUUGGAGGACAAGGAACUGGGAAGGGUCGUCUUGCAUCCAACGCCAAACAGCCCUAAGCAAUCAGAAUUGCACAAAAUGACAGUUUCCAAAAACUGCCCCGAUCACGACCUGAAAAUCAAACUGGCUGUUCGAAUGGAUAAGCCUCAGAAUAUGAAGCAUUGUGGGUACCUUUGGGCAAUUGGUAAAAAUGUUUGGAAGAGAUGGAAGAAAAGAUUCUUUGUCCUGGUGCAGGUUAGUCAGUAUACCUUUGCUAUGUGCAGUUACAGGGAGAAGAAGGCAGAGCCACAGGAACUGCUGCAGCUUGAUGGAUACACCGUGGAUUACACUGACCCACAGCCAGGGUUGGAGGGUGGCAGAACUUUCUUCAACGCAGUGAAAGAAGGAGACACUGUGAUCUUUGCCAGUGAUGAUGAACAGGACCGUAUUCUAUGGGUCCAAGCUAUGUACCGAGCCACUGGCCAGUCCCACAAGCCUGUGCCCCCCACCCAGGUCCAGAAACUUAAUGCCAAGGGAGGAAAUGCGCCCCAAAUGGAUGCCCCCAUUUCCCAGUUUUAUGCAGACAGAGCUCAAAAGCAUGGAAUGGAUGAAUUUAUCUCAGCUAAUCCUUGUAACUUUGACCACGCUUCACUUUUCGAGAUGGUACAGAGACUUACUUUGGACCACAGGCUUAAUGACUCCUACUCCUGUCUGGGCUGGUUCAGUCCAGGGCAGGUGUUUGUUCUUGAUGAGUAUUGUGCCCGAAAUGGAGUCAGAGGCUGUCAUAGACAUCUCUGCUAUCUCAAUGAUUUACUUGAACGAGCAGAAAAUGGAGCAAUGAUCGACCCAACCCUGCUACAUUACAGCUUUGCUUUCUGUGCUUCACACGUUCAUGGCAACAGUCAGAAAAUGCCAGAUUUACUUGGUGGGUUUCUACAAAACACAGAGGCUGAGGGGGACAAAUCACAAAACCCCUCAGUCCCUGAGCCUGAGGCUAACUCAAAAAAGGAUUUCAAAAAGGAUUCUAAAAAAAGAAAGGAUUCCAAAUCUCAACCAGCCCCUGAGCCGAAAAGGCCUGAUGGAAUAGGAACUGUGACAGUCGAGGAGAAAGAACGUUUUGAAGAGAUAAAAGAAAGAUUGCGUUUACUUCUAGAAAAUCAGAUCACACAUUUCAGGUAUUGCUUCCCGUUUGGUCGGCCUGAAGGUGCUUUAAAAGCCACAUUGUCUUUACUAGAAAGGGUUCUAAUGAAGGAUAUAGUAACCCCGGUUCCACAAGAGGAAGUGAAGACUGUAAUCCGCAAAUGUCUUGAGCAAGCUGCAUUGGUUAACUACACUCGACUGUCUGAGUAUGCCAAAGUCGAAGAGAAUCAAAAGGAUCCAGCUCCACGGUCUAGGCCUAAGCCACCACCAGCACCUCCACCCAUUCAGUCGCAGAUAGACAUGAUAAAUCAGAGGCUCAAAGGCAUGCCUAGGCAAAUACCAAAAAAUGUAGGCCGCUUAAUUACUCCAGCUAAAAAACUAGAAGAUACAGUCCGUCUGGCUGAACUGGUGAUUGAGGUCCUGCAGCAAAAUGAGGAGCACCACGCAGAGGCCUUUGCUUGGUGGUCAGAUUUGAUGGUAGAGCAUGCAGAGACCUUCUUGUCACUGUUUGCCGUGGACAUGGACGCAGCUUUAGAAGUGCAGAGCCCAGACACCUGGGAUAGCUUCCCACUUUUCCAACUGCUCAAUGACUCCCUGAGAAGCGACUAUAAUCUGUGUAAUGGAAAAUUCCACAAACACCUGCAAGAUCUGUUUGCUCCCCUUGUGGUUAGAUAUGUCGACCUGAUGGAGUCAUCAAUUGCACAGUCAAUUCAUAGGGGCUUUGAGCGGGAAUCAUGGGAGCCUGUAAAGAGUUUAACAAGUAAUCUGCCCAAUGUGAAUCUACCAAAUGUGAAUCUUCCUAAAAUACCAAAUCUACCAGUUAACCUCCCACAAAUGCCUAGCAUUUCUACUCCGUCAUGGAUGGCUGCUAUAUAUGACUCUGACAAUGGCUCAGGCACCUCGGAGGACCUGUUCUGGAAGCUAGACGCCCUGCAGACCUUCAUUCGGGAUCUGCACUGGCCCGAGGAGGAGUUUGGAAAACACCUUGAGCAGAGGCUAAAACUCAUGUCCAGUGACAUGAUUGAGUCUUGUGUUAAAAGAACAAGGAUUGCAUUUGAAGCUAAGCUGCAGAAAAGCAGCCGGUCGACAGAUUUCCGUGUGCCACAGUCAAUAUGCACGAUGUUUAAUGUGAUGGUUGAUGCCAAGGCUCAGUCUGCAAAACUCUGUGCCAUGGAAAUGGGCCAGGAGAAACAGUACCACUCCCAAAUAGAUACACUUAUAGAAGAAACUGUUAAAGAAAUGAUAACUCUCUUGGUCGCAAAGUUUGCUGUCAUACUGGAAGGAGUCCUUGCUAAACUGUCAAGAUAUGAUGAAGGAACACUAUUUUCAUCAUUCCUGUCAUUCACAGUGAAAGCAGCCUCAAAGUAUGUGGAAGUACCUAAACCUGGGAUGGAUGUUGCCGACGCCUAUGUGACCUUUGUGCGCCACUCUCAGGAUAUCCUCCGUGAUAAGGUCAAUGAGGAGAUAUAUAUAGAAAGGUUAUUUGAUAAAAGGAUGGAUGAUGUUAGUUCUUUCAUGUACCUGAGAAUAUUUGAGCAAUGGUAUACCAGUUCAAUGAAUCUUAUAUGCACCUGGCUGACAGACCGGAUGGAUCUGCAACUUCAUCUUUAUCAGCUGAAAAUUCUUAUUAGGAUUGUAAAGAAAAAAUAUAGGGAUUUUCGACUGCAAGGAGUCCUUGAUUCAACCUUAAACAGCAAGAUGUACGAUACUGUUCGUAACCGACUAACUCUGGAAGAGGCUACCUCCUCUGUGAGUGAAGGGGGCGCCGGUCUCCAGGGAAUAACAAUGAGGGACAGUGAUGAGGAGGAUGAAGACGAUGAUUAGAUAAGAGCCCCAUUUCUGACUUAGUCUGGUAACCAAUGCAUGUACCAACCCUGUUAUUCAGUUAGCUACUCUAGGAUUUUUUGUCAGCUGUUAAAUGCCCAUGAAGGAACCGCAACAGUAAUAAUAAUAAUAAAAAUAAUAAUAAUAAUAAUAAUAAUAAUAAUAAUAAUAAUAAUAAUAAUAAUAAUAAUAAAAUAUUGACAUUUUAGCUGUGUGAUAAUAAAGUUAGCACCAGUCUUUCAUUCAUUCAUUUCUAAAUUCAUUUAUAUGUUCCUAAGCAAUAUGGAGUACCAUUUGUUUGACAAUGUUAAGUGAGAUCAUUAGGAAUUCCGCUAGGUGUGUCCCUGUUAAACACAAACCUAUAUGACGCUUCUUUGACAUACUGUAUAUACUUUGAUGGUACAUUGUUGUGAAGAUGAGUGUAGAGGUCCUUUUUAUUUGUUUUUAAGUGGAUGCCAACUGUUUAAAAUAAAAUUAGCUCCUGUAUUAAGUUAAGGCAAAAAAAUUGUGUGUUUUCUUUGUUUUUCUCCCUUGCGCUUCUUAAAUAUAUUUUUAGAAUGUAGUUCUUCAUUUGGCUUGACUUUCUACAUUAUCACCUUUUACUAACAAAAUGUUGUUGAGCCAAGAUUUAAUGAGUUGGUAUUUUAGAAAUGCAAUAUCCUCAUUGCUCCAUUGUGAUAUCUUGUCAAAGAAAAAUGAAGAUUUUUUUUUUUUUUUUUUUUUUAUGUUUUAGUAAGUUAUGACCCCUAAAGUGUUCUGUUUUAGUUAGGAAAAACGUUUACAUAAUGUUUAUGAAAAAGAAAGUUUCCUGUUUAUCUAUCUUGUUUUAACCAUUCCUGAAAUUGAAAAUGUGUUUAUAAUUCUUUGUAUUUCAAUAAUAUGAAAGGUCCAACAUUAUUUUUUGUUCCACAGUUGUUUUGUAUAUAUGAUGCUGUACAUUGCAUUUUAAGCAGUAGCUGCAUGUUCCAGGGUUCAUCCCUUCUCCCAAGGCUUUUGUUUCUGUGUGAGUUAGCUGGUGGAUUCAUAUUGCUUUUGCCUUAUAAAAGCCUACAGUUGUAAUAUGCAAGAACUGUGGCCUAUCAAUAAAAUAACUACAAAUAUACAAUUUGUUAUCUGUUUU